AUGAAGCCUUAUGUAUUGCGCCUCCCAGGUGUGGGCUGGUGGCGCACUCAGCAGGGAAGAGGCGCCACUCUGCCUGUCUGCCCCGCUAGAUCCCCCUUCUUUUCUUCCUCUCACCACAACCCCUCUCCCCCUACACUUCACCCGCAGGCGCCUCCCAGGUGUGGGCUGGUGGCGCACUCAGCAGGGAAGAGGCGCCACUCUGCCUGUCUGCCCCGCGGUCCCCCUUCUUCUCUUCCUCUCGCCACAACCCCUCUCCCCCUACACUUCCCCCGCAGGCGCCUCCCAGAGCUGGUCAAUUGGCGCACUCAGCAGGGAAGAGGCGCGCCUCUGCCUGUCUGCCCCGCUAGAUCCCCCUUCUUCUCUUCCUCUCACCCCAACCCAACCCCUCUCCCCCUACACUUCCCCCGCAGGCGCCUCUCAGGUGUGGGCUGGUGGCGCACCCAGCAGGGAAGAGGCGCCACUCUGCCUGUCUGCCCCGCGGUCCCCUUUCUUCUCUUCCUCUCGCCCCAACCCCUCUCCCCCCACACUUGCCCUGCAGGCGCCUCUCAGGUAUGGGCUGGUGGCGCACUCAGCAGGGAAGAGGCGCGCCUCUGCCUGUCUGCCCCGCGGUCCCCUUUCUUCUCUUCCUCUCGCCCCAACCCCUCUCCCCCCACACUUGCCCCGCAGGCGCCUCUCAGGUGUGGGCUGGUGGCGCACUCAGCAGGGAAGAGGCGCGCCUCUGCCUGUCUGCCCCGCGGUCCCCCUUCUUCUCUUCCUAUCACCCCAACCCCUCUUCCCCCACUCUUCCACCGCAGCCACCGGUAUUGUCCAUGUGGCCUCUCUUCUGUAGCUGCUUCUCCAUUUGGGGCACCACAUCUCCUUUGUCCCUCCACUCCACCUCACCUGACCUUCAAUCACUCCACAACACCAGGAGCAGCACACUGGAGGGAGGGGGGAGCGAUCGGGGUCCCAGCCGCCAAGUCCGUCACUCUGCAGCCCUCAGCGACGUAG